AUGACUUCGGCCACUGCUGCUUCGCCCGCCAACACAAGAGAGUUCCUCCUAGGCUUAAUCGAGCCGGCGGUUCUGCUUCCUUGGGCGGCGUAUCACUAUGCCGUCGUCUGUUUAGAGACUGUCUUCAAACGAGGACAGCUCCUUAAGCCAUUGCUGCGCUCGAGAGAGAUUCGCGAUGAGGCGUUUGGCAGGUUCUGGGUGGAUUUUUCUGUCCGAGGAGAUGACCAGCAACUGGUUGAUAUCGACGAGACCCAACUCCAAGGCUCAGCCGCGCUGGUCCCGCCCCUCCUGGCGCGCGCUUCCGGCGUCGUGCUCGACCUCGGCCCUGGCACGGGCACCCAGAUGCCUUUCCUCCGCUCGCCCGCUAUCCGCGCCAUCUACGGCGCUGAGCCCUGCGUGGGCCUGCACGCCCAGCUGCGGCGGCGCGUCCUGGCUGCUGGUCUGGAAGGGAAGUACCACAUUGUGCCCAGCGGUGCGGAGAAGGAGGCUCUUCUACCCGCGCUGGACAAGCUGGGUGUGACUGCUGCUUCAGAGGGAAUAUUCGACACCAUCAUCUGCGUGCGCGUCCUCUGCUCCGUGCCUGACCCCGCGCGCACCAUUGCAGACUUGUACUCCCUCCUAAGGCCAGGCGGACAGAUGCUCAUCGUCGAGCACGUCGUCAACCAGUGGCGGCCCUGGAAGAGGCGAACGAAGGGCAGCCUCCUAGCACGCCUCAUGCAAGCGCUCUACACCGCUCUGGGGUGGAGCUUCUUCAUGGGCGACUGCCAUCUGGACCGCGACACGACGGGUUACUUGAUUCAGGCGGCGGAGAAGGAUGGCGGCUGGGCCAGUGUUGACCUCGAGCACAGGUGGGAAUGGUCGGCUAUGCCGUAUGUUUCGGGGGUGUUGGUUAAGAAAACUACCUAG